AUGCCUCCCCGUGCCAUUGCCAGUCCCAAGAAGAAAAGGUCCAAACGCAAAGGAUCUGAUGCUUCGAAGGCCGGCUUGCCAAAGAAGUCUCGGGCUGCAGACACUGCCGAAGUACCCAGCACGGUACCUCUUGUGUCCCUUGGAUUGACUGGAGCAGAAGUGGAAGACAGUGUUCCCCGUCGUUCUGGCCGCUCCAACGCGGGAACUGGAGGUAGGAACGCCCAGCUGGAGAAGAUCGGAUUAGCACUACAAGCUAAACCUCGAACUCAUGAAUGCAAGGGUAUGACGUCCCUUGGUCCCGAUGUUCCAGUCAAUCCUCAAGCCCCAGAGCUACGUCAUAAAGGUCGAAAGAAGGCUUCUAAGGCGGUUCCUCCACCAUACAGCUCACUUGUUAGCGAUGCUCCAGAUGCCUUAGCCAUGGAUAUCAUUUCCACAGGGCCCAGCUUGACAUUACAGCAACCUGGUAAAAGGUUUGGAUUUGCUGCUCCAAGCGCCACUGAAACUGUUCAUCCCGGUACUGGGGCAUCAGAUAACCCAUAUGUUGCCGUUGGGAUGAAGGUCGCUGAGCAGCGUGCUCGUAAUGCUAUUUCUGAGCAGCGAGCUCGGGAUGCUGUCGCUGAGCAGCGAGCUCGGGAUGCUGUCGCUGAGCAGCGAGCUCGGGACGCUGUCGCUGAGCAACGAGCUCGGGAAGCUGUCGCCGAGCAACGAGCUCGGGAAGCUGCCGCCGAGCAACGAGCUCGGGAUGCUGUCGCUAAACAGUACACCCAGAACACCGUCCCUGAAAAGCCAAUGGUACUGCCAAGGUCCGUCUUUUUGGAGAAAAACUUGGACCCAGCUCUGCGCCAGCAGGAUGGCGCUGUUAGGGCUCAAUGUCGUCUAGGAUCCGAGGAGGACAGUGACUCCAAAGGCGGCAGCAGUAGUGACAGCGACAACAGCGACAACAGCGAAGACAAUGACGACAAAUAUCCUGACGGUGAGGCUGAUGGAGAGGACGAUGAAGAGGAGGGGGAGACCGAUGAUACAGUGAAGAGCUCACAGGAGUUUGGUUGGGGGGAGGCUGGCCAGCGCCAGAAAGAACAUCCCGGAUUUCUAGAGGACGCACUACCUUCGCAACUUCCAGUCGCUCGCCCCCUCACGCCUGAAUUUCAAUUCCAGUAUUCACGCGAUGAAGAUGAUGUGGUCGCCCAGACGAGCCUUGAUAAAACCUCUCAGAAUGAAAGCUCACAGGGCCCUCUGGACAUCUCACCAGGCCUACAGCGGCAACAGUCCCAACACAUUGAGACCAUUGCCUCGAAGCCCGACGAUGUAUUGCGGCACCACCAUAAGAAAAACGGAACACCCCGUCUUCCUGACCCUGAAUCCCUCAAACUGCUGAAUCAAGUGACGGAGUGUAGCAUUCAGCCAUCGAGAGCCAAACGGUCCAAGUCAUCGAGUGGUGGGCCAACACCCGAUCAACUAUCUUGGUAUGGGCCGCGCUGGAAACAUUUUCUGGAGGAUGCCAAAGUAGAAUGUCGUGCGCAACAUGCCCUGGAGAAUCCGUUUCCAACUUUGGUAAAAAAUCUCCCAGGAACAAUCACUGAAGUUCUUAUUUCAGUGUUGGUUGUGUGGGAUAAGAACGGUAAACAAUUUGAAGCCGGGGUUUGGCCUGAGCAAAAGUUCAACAUGACUCGCUUGCUGUAUGAUGAUAUGUCAACUUGGCGAUCCGAACUAAAGAAAACUGCCAUAAGCAUUGCGCCAGUAUCAUACUCGCUCAUUCCCCCACUGUCGGUCCCCAUACAAGAACGCGCUGCUUGGAUCGAACACGCCGCCGCCACACUAAUCAAACAAUCAUUAUUCUUACGGUUUGGGGUGGAUGAACAGGGGAGAACACGAAAUUUCGCUCAUCCCGCCCUUCGGGAUGCUGUCAUCACAUUCUUUUACACAGGUCCAUAUCGAAUCGCACUGAGGAUGCCAGAGAUCUUCCGCACGGAGUUGCCACUCUCAUGUUUGGCGUUGGUUUCUGCAGCAUUUAAUUGUGUCCUCGACGGUCUUGCGAAAAACGGACAUGGAAAGUCGUACCCGAACUUUUCAACCAAGGACUACAGCCCUAUCUACAACCGGAUGCUUAACUUGCUCAAAGAAAUUCUUGAUGACGCGCAUCAUGGGCCUAGGCUGUCAGCUCAACUGCGAGAAUGGGCUGCAGCAGGAUGGGCCGCGGCUACGAAUCUCGAAGGAGUUGUUGAGGCGAAGCAUGACCACCUGCAAAUUUUCCUCGACUGA